AUGUGGAGCCGCGGGCGGCGGCCCCUCCUCGGGCAGUCCGGAGCUCCUCGGCCGCCGCUGCCGUUGCUGCUGCCGCUGCUGUUGCUACUGCCAACCCCCGCGCUCCUGGCGCACAUCAAGAAGGCGGGAGCCACGGCCACCGCCACGGUCCCAGCGCCCUGGGCCCCAGCGGCUGCGUCCGAGCCGGGGCCCGAGCCUGAGCGCGCCGGCCCCUUCGGGCGCUACUACCACGAGGCGGAGCUGGGCGCCGAGCUAGCGGCGGCUGCGCGGCCCGGUCUGGGCCGUCUCUACAGCCUGGGCCGUUCUCUAGAGGGCCGGCCGCUGUGGGCGCUGCGCUUGACGGCGGGCCUCGAGGGCCAGGGCCAGGGCCAGGAACCGGCAGCCGUGGGGUCGGACCCAGGGCCGCGCUUGCCUGGGCGGCCGCAAGUGAAACUCGUGGGCAACAUGCACGGCGACGAGACGGUGUCGCGGCAGGUGCUCGUGUACCUGGCCCGGGAGCUGGUGGCGGGCUAUGAGAGCGGGGACCCGCGCCUCGUGCGCCUGCUUAACUCCACCGAUGUGCACCUGCUGCCCAGCCUCAAUCCGGACGGCUUCGAGCACGCCCGGGAGGGUACCUGCGACCCCGCACCCGCUGACGCUAGCGCCGGUCGCUACAACAGCCGCGGCCACGACCUCAAUCGCAGCUUCCCGGACCAGUUCGGCACCGGCGAACCCCCUGCGCUGGAUGAGGUGCCCGAGGUGCGCGCUGUCAUCGAGUGGAUCCGGAGCAACAACUUUGUGCUUUCGGGAAACCUCCAUGGAGGUUCUGUGGUGGCCAGCUACCCUUUUGACGAUUCUCCUCAGCAUAAGACCAGUGGGAUCUAUAGCAGGACGGAUGACGAUGAAGUCUUCAAAUACUUGGCCAGAUCCUAUGCCUCCAAACACCCCAUCAUGAGGACCGGUGAUCCCCGCUGCCCUUCAGAGGAAGACGAGACCUUCAAGGAUGGGAUUACCAAUGGAGCACACUGGUAUGAUGUGGAAGGUGGUAUGCAGGAUUACAACUACAUGUGGUCCAAUUGUUUCGAGAUCACUUUAGAACUGUCUUGCUGCAAGUACCCACCUGCUUCUCAGCUUCGUCAGGAAUGGGAGAACAAUCGUGAAUCUCUUAUCACAUUUAUUGAAAAGGUCCACAUGGGAGUUAAAGGGUUUGUGAAAGACUCGGCAUCCAGCUCUGGCCUGGAGAAUGCAACCAUCUCGGUGGCUGGCAUUAACCAUAAUAUCACAAGCAGCAAAGGUGGCGAAUUCUACAGGCUGCUUGUCCCGGGCACUUACAACAUCUCGGCGGUUUGCGUCGGGUAUAUGCCAAUGACAGUGAGUAACAUCGUGGUACAAGAAGGUUCAGCCACAGAGGUGAACUUCCUGCUGCGGCCAACUGUGAUGGUUCCUGUGGUGCCCCAGACGGUGGCGCCAGUGCCCACCGUGGCCCCCGAGGUAGAUGCCCCUGAGACACCCGCCUCCCCCCAGCCAAUCCAGCCCCAGGACUUCCACCACCAUCAUUUCCCCGACAUGGAAAUUUUCUUGAGGAGGUUUGCCAAUGAGUACCCCAACAUCACCCGUCUGUAUUCUCUGGGCAAGUCUGUCGAGUCAAGGGAGCUCUACGUGAUGGAGAUAUCAGAUAAUCCAGGUGUCCAUGAACCAGGUGAGCCAGAAUUUAAGUACAUCGGGAAUAUGCACGGGAACGAAGUCGUGGGCAGGGAGCUGCUCCUGAACCUCAUCGAAUUCCUCUGCAAGAACUUCGGGACAGACCCGGAGGUGACCGAGCUGGUUCGGACCACCAGAAUUCACCUGAUGCCCUCCAUGAAUCCUGACGGCUAUGAGAAGUCUCUGGAAGGUGAUUCCACUGGCGUGAUUGGCCGAAACAACAGCAACAACUUCGAUCUGAACCGCAAUUUCCCAGACCAGUUCUUCCAGAUCUUGGACCCUGUGCAGCCGGAGACUACGGCCGUGAUGAGCUGGCUGAAGACGUACCCGUUCGUGCUAUCUGCCAACCUGCAUGGCGGUUCUUUGGUCGUGAACUACCCCUAUGACGAUGACGAGCAAGGAGUUCCCUCUUACAGCAGAUCUCCUGACGACGCUGUCUUCCAGCAUCUUGCCCUUUCUUAUUCCAAGGAAAAUUCCGAGAUGUACGAGGGCAGCUCCUGCAAGGACAUGUAUCCUGACGAGCAUUUCUCCCAUGGAAUAACCAAUGGAGCCAACUGGUACAGCGUCUCUGGCGGGAUGCAAGACUGGAACUAUCUAAACACAAAUUGCUUCGAAGUGACGAUCGAACUAGGUUGUAUAAAAUAUCCCUACGAGAAGGAUCUGCCCAAGUAUUGGGAGCAGAAUCGCAGGGCUCUGCUCCAGUUCAUGAAGCAGGUCCAUCACGGCGUCCGGGGGUUUGUCCUGGAUGCCACAGAUGGCCAAGGCAUCUUAAAUGCCACCAUCAGUGUGGCCGACAUCAACCAUCCAGUCACCUCCUACAAAAGCGGGGAUUACUGGCGGCUCCUGGUUCCUGGAACGUACAGAAUCACAGCCUCGGCUCGAGGAUACAAUCCUGUCACAAAGAAUGUGACCGUGAAGGAUGAAGGGGCAGUCCAGGUCAACUUUACACUUGUGCGAUCCUCAUCGGAUUCCCGGAAUAAGUCCAACAAGGUGAAGGAGAUCAUAGCGGACGAAGGCACGAGUGACCCAACAACCAAGGAAUUUGAGACCUUGAUCAAAGACCUCUCUGCGGAGAACGGCCUGGAGCGCCUCAUGCUGAGCUCUUCGCCCAAUCUGGCCCUGUACCGCUACCACUCCUACAAAGACCUUUCAGAGUUCCUGCGAGGACUCGUCAUGAACUACCCGCACAUCACCAAUCUCACCAAUUUGGGUCAGAGUGCUGAAUUCCGUCAAAUCUGGUCCCUUGAAAUUUCUAAUAAACCCAACAUGUCUGAGCCUGAGGAGCCCAAGAUCCGUUUUGUGGCCGGAAUCCACGGUAAUGCCCCUGUUGGAACUGAACUGCUCCUGGCCUUGGCAGAAUUCCUCUGCCUGAACUACAAGAGGAACCCAGCUGUUACCAAACUGAUUGACAGGACCAGAAUUGUGAUUGUGCCUUCUCUAAAUCCAGAUGGGCGGGAGAGAGCACAGGAGAAGGCCUGCACCUCCACGGCAGGGCAGACCAACGCGCAUGGCAAAGACUUGGACACUGACUUCACAAGUAAGAGUGGGGGGUCGGAGGUCAGACAAUGGAAGUUGGAAAUUCAAAGCGACCUCCCUGCAGACCCCUCUGUUAACUUGAGAACUUUUCCUUUUAUAGUGGAAAACAAAGAGACUCUGAGACAUUUGGCAUCGCUUUAUGCCAACAAUCACCCAUCCAUGCACAUGGGACAGCCCAGUUGCCCCAAUAAAUCAGAUGAGAAUAUUCCAGGAGGAGUGAUUCGUGGAGCAGAAUGGCAUGGCCACAUGGGCAGCAUGAAGGAUUACAGUGUCGUCUAUGGCCACUGUCCAGAGAUCACUGUGUACACUAGCUGCUGUUACUUCCCCAGUGCUGGACAGCUUCCUACCUUGUGGGCAGAGAAUAAGAAAUCCCUUCUAAGCAUGCUGGUAGAGGUUCACAAGGGAGUUCAUGGAAUUGUCCAAGACAAAAGUGGAAAACCAGUCUCUAAGGCAGUCAUCGUUCUCAACGAAGGCAUCAAGGUGCACACAAAAGAGGGAGGCUAUUUCCAUGUACUGUUGGCCCCUGGCUUCCAUAAUAUCAACGCCAUAGCUGAGGGGUACCAGCAGCAGCAUUCCCAGGUCUUCGUUCACCAUGAUGCAGCCAGUUCAGUGGUCAUCGUCUUUGACACAGACAACCGGAUCUUUGGCUUGCCCAGGGAACUCGUGGUGACCGUAGCAGGUGCCACCAUGUCAGCCCUGGUGUUGACGGCCUGCAUCAUCUGGUGCGUCUGCUCCAUCAAGUCCAACAGACACAAGGAUGGUUUCCACCGGCUCCGGCAGCACCACGACGACUACGAGGACGAGAUCCGGCUCAUGUCCACGGGCUCCAAGAAGUCCCUCCUGAGCCAUGAGUUCCAGGACGAAACAGACACGGAAGAGGAGACGCUGUAUUCCAGCAAACACUGAGCCACCCGCCUCUCCCAGCCUCCGGUGCGAGCAGGACAAAGGCUGCCCCUUCCAGGAGAUGCCGCGUCCGUGCGGGUGGGCAGGCCGACCACCAUCUGUCCUGCAUCUUCACAGAGCUGUUAGGGACGUUAACUUGCUUUAAAAAAAAAAGUGUAACCUCCAUGAAUACGGAAGAUCUGAAACUCCCUUCUCUUGAA